CAUUGGCCGCCGCCGCGUCAGCUGGUGCGAUUUGCUGCUGUCGCUUUUGGCGUUCGGCCAUCCAGAAACAAACCAGUUCGAUGACUACUAAUAGUUAUAGCCAGAUGUACUAAUACACAACAAAUCACAGUCCUGCAGAGGGGCGCGCAAAUGAGUUCCUAUUUUGUGAAUCCCACUUUCCCCGGGAGCCUGCCCAGCGGCCAGGACUCCUUCUUGGGCCAGCUGCCCCUCUACCCGGCCGGCUAUGACGCGCUGAGGCCCUUCCCGGCCUCGUACGGGGCGUCGAGCCUCCCGGACAAGACGUACACCUCACCUUGUUUCUACCAACAGUCCAACUCGGUCCUGGCCUGCAACCGGGCGUCCUACGAGUACGGGGCCUCGUGCUUCUAUUCUGAUAAGGACCUCAGUGGCGCCUCGCCCUCGGGCAGUGGCAAGCAGAGGGGCCCCGGGGACUACCUGCACUUUUCUCCCGAGCAGCAGUACAAACCCGACAGCAGCAGCGUGCCGGGCAAAGCCCUCCAUGACGAAGGCACCGACCGGAAGUACACGAGUCCUGUUUACCCCUGGAUGCAGCGGAUGAACUCCUGCGCGGGUGCUGUGUAUGGGAGUCACGGGCGCCGAGGCCGCCAGACCUAUACGCGCUACCAGACGCUGGAGCUGGAGAAGGAGUUCCACUUCAACCGCUACCUGACGCGGCGCCGCCGCAUCGAGAUCGCCAACGCGCUCUGCCUCACCGAGCGCCAGAUCAAGAUCUGGUUCCAGAACCGCCGCAUGAAGUGGAAAAAGGAAAAUAAACUCAUCAAUUCCACACAGCCCAGCGGGGAGGACGCUGAGGCAAAGGCGGGCGAGUAAAUGCCUGGGCAG